GAGACAACUCUUGGACUCAGUUCAUAUCAACAGAAAAGGUGCACAUGUGUGUGCUGGUGCUCAUGCAUGUGUAUGCUUGUGCAUUUGGAGACCCGCGGACAACCUUGGCUGCCGUUCCUCAGUAUAUCUCUGUACCGGGGUAAUUGCCGGCCCAUACGAUUUGAACCGCCAAUGCUGGAUUUCCAUGAACAGCCAGUGGGAAUGCCAAAAAUGGAAAAAGUCUACUUACAUAAUCCUAGUUCUGAAGAAACUAUUACUUUAGUAUCAAUAUCUGCUACAACAUCACAUUUUCAUGCAUCGUUUUUUCAAAAUAGGAAAAUUCUUCCAGGAGGAAACACAUCAUUUGAUGUAGUUUUUCUUGCAAGAGUAGUAGGAAAUGUAGAAAAUACUUUAUUUAUUAACACAUCUAAUCAUGGGGUAUUUACUUACCAGGUAUUUGGUGUUGGGGUUCCAAAUCCUUACCGUUUGAGGCCAUUCCUUGGGGCCAGAGUCCCUGUGAAUAGCAGUUUUUCACCUAUAAUAAACAUACACAACCCUCACAGUGAGCCUUUACAGGUUGUAGAAAUGUACUCUAGUGGAGGAGAUCUUCACUUAGAACUCCCCACAGGGCAGCAAGGAGGUACCAGAAAAUUGUGGGAAAUCCCUCCUUAUGAAACCAAAGGAGUAAUGAGAGCCAGUUUCUCCUCCAGAGAAGCAGAUAAUCAUACAGCCUUCAUAAGAAUAAAGACCAAUGCAUCCGACAGCACAGAGUUUAUCAUCCUUCCUGUUGAGGUUGAAGUUACAACAGCUCCUGGAAUUUAUUCCUCAACUGAAAUGUUAGAUUUUGGAACAUUGCGAACACAAGAUCUUCCAAAAGUUUUAAAUCUUCAUUUAUUAAAUUCAGGAACAAAGGAUGUACCAAUUACAAGUGUUCGACCUACACCACAAAAUGACGCCAUAACAGUACACUUUAAACCAGUUACAUUAAAAGCUUCUGAAAGCAAAUACACCAAGGUUGCAAGCAUUAGUUUUGAUGCUUCAAGAGCAAAAAAGCCAACUCAGUUUUCUGGGAAAAUAACUGUUAAAGCAAAGGAAAAGAGUUAUUCUAAACUCGAAAUACCAUAUCAAGCAGAAGUUCUAGAUGGUUACUUGGGAUUUGACCAUGCCGCAACGCUGUUUCACAUCCGAGAUAGUCCUGCUGAUCCUGUGGAGAGGCCAAUUUACCUGACUAACACCUUCAGUUUUGCCAUCCUCAUUCAUGAUGUGUUGUUACCAGAAGAAGCCAAAACAAUGUUUAAAGUUCACAACUUCAGCAAACCAGUUUUAAUUCUUCCUAAUGAAUCGGGAUACAUUUUUACCCUGUUUUUUAUGCCAUCUACAUCAUCCAUGCACAUAGAUAACAACAUUUUACUUGUUACCAAUGCUUCUAAAUUUCAUUUACCUGUGCGGGUAUACACAGGCUUUUUAGACUACUUUGUAUUGCCCCCCAAAAUAGAAGAACGUUUCAUAGAUUUUGGAGUACUGAGUGCUACAGAAGCAAGUAAUAUUUUAUUUGCAAUUAUAAACAGCAAUCCAAUUGAGUUGGCUAUAAAAAGCUGGCACAUCAUAGGAGAUGGUUUAUCAAUAGAACUUGUUGCUACAGAAAAAGGCAAUAGAACUACAAUAAUUUCAAGCCUCCCAGAGUUGGAAAAAACCUCUUUACCUGACCAGUCAUCAGUAAUGUUAGCUUCCGGAUAUUUUGCAGUAUUCAGAGUCAGACUUACUGCAAAAAAACUGGAGGGGAUUCAUGAUGGUGCCAUACAGAUCACAACGGACUACGAGAUCCUCACCAUUCCUGUGAAGGCUGUGAUCGCAGUGGGCUCGCUGACCUGCUUCCCAAAGCAUAUGGUUCUUCCCCCUUCCUUUCCAGGGAAAAUAGUUCAUCAGAGCUUAAAUAUUAUGAAUUCCUUCUCACAGAAGGUGAAGAUACAACAAAUUCGAUCUUUAUCAGAAGAUGUUCGAUUUUACUACAAACGAUUACGGGGUAAUAGGGAAGACUUGGAGCCAGGGAAAAAAUCAAAGAUUGCAAACAUUUAUUUUGAUCCUGGGCUGCAGUGUGGGGAUCACUGCUACAUUGGCUUACCUUUUCUACCCAAGUCGGAACCCAAAGUGCAGCCCGGGGUGGCCAUGCAGGAAGACAUGUGGGAUUCCGACUGGGAUUCACAUCAGAGCUUAUUCAAAGCUUGGAUGGGAAUAAAAGAGAAUGCCGGUCAUAGACUGAAUGCUAUAUUCGAAGUAAAUACUGACCUUCAAAAAAACAUAGUAUCAAAAGUCACUGCUGAACUCUCCUGGCCUUCCAUACUUAGCUCACCCCGGCAUGUGAAGUUCCCACUCACUAAUACAAACUGCUCUUCAGAAGAAGAAAUUACCUUAGAAAAUCCUGCGGAUGUUCCUGUCUAUGUUCAGUUUAUUCCUCUAGCUUUAUAUUCCAACCCUUCAGUUUUUGUAGAUAAGUUAGUCUCAAGGUUUAACUUGGGUAAGGUGGCAAAACUAGAUUUGAGAACACUAGAAUUCCAAGUCUACAGAAACAGUGCUCAUCCACUGCAAAGUUCAGCAGGAUUUACAGAGGGCCUCUCUCGACAUUUAAUUUUAAACCUAAUUUUAAAACCUGGAGAAAAGAAAUCUGUCCAAGUAAAGUUUACUCCAGUUCACAACAGAACUGUUUCUUCAUUAAUCAUAGUCAGAAAUAACCUGACUGUGAUGGAUGCUGUGAUGGUCCAAGGUCAAGGGACAACUGAGAACUUGAGGGUGGCAGGCAAACUUCCAGGUCCUGGAAGCUCCUUGCGCUUUAAAAUCACAGAAGCAUUGUUGAAAGAUUGUAUGGACAGUUUGAAACUAAGAGAACCAAAUUUCACACUGAAAAGAACAUUUAAAGUAGAAAAUACAGGGCAACUUCAAAUCCAUGUACAGACCAUUGAAAUCAGUGGAUAUGCCUGUGAAGGAUAUGGUUUUAAAGUGGCUAAUUGUCAAGACUUUGCACUAAGUGCCAAUGCCUCUAGAGACAUAGUCAUAUUGUUUACUCCUGAUUUUACAGCCUCUAGAGUUAUUCGUGAACUGAAGUUUAUAACAACCAGUGGUUCUGAAUUUGUUUUUGUAUUGAAUGCCUCUCUUCCAUACCACAUGUUAGCAACCUGUGCAGAAGCCCUACCCAGACCCAACUGGGAACUAGCUCUGUACAUCAUCAUCUCAGGAAUAAUGAGUGCACUGUUUCUCCUGGUCAUUGGAACAGCUUAUUUGGAAGCUCAAGGAAUUUGGGAGCCGUUUCGAAGACGACUAUCCUUUGAGGCUUCAAACCCGCCCUUUGAUGUGGGAAGGCCAUUUGACCUCAGGAGAAUUGUUGGUAUUUCAUCUGAAGGAAACUUGAACACACUCAGCUGCGACUCCAGUCAUGGUAGGGGGUUCUGUGGCAGCUCGUCGUUCCGACCUGGUACGGGGAGUCACAAGCAGUGUGGCACAUCAGUUCACCCACACAGCAGCCACAGCAAUAGAAACUCAGCUGACGUGGAAAAUGUCAGAGCCAAAAACAGUUCAAGUAUCUCAAACAGGACUUCUGCACAAGCAGCUGCCUCACAGUCUACAAGCAAAGCAAGCCCCCUUGUCUUAGAAGCAAAUGCAGCAACCCAGAGUCAUGCAGCAGGCAGAAAGUCCAAAGGGACAAAGCAAAGCCAGCACAGCAGCCAGCAUCAUGGCCACAGCCUGCUGGAGCAGCACCCACAGCCUCCCCCUCCACCACCAGUGCCUCAGCACCAGGAGCCACUGCCUGAAAGGCUGUCUCCCGCCCCCCUUGCCCACCCUUCCCACCCAGAGCGAGCCAGCAACACACGGCACAGCUCAGAGGACUCAGACAUCACCAGUCUCAUAGAAGCCAUGGACAAAGACUUCCACCACGACUCCCCAGCCCUAGAUGUGUUUACAGAGCAGCCUCCAUCACCAUUGUCAAAGAGCAAAGGGAAAGGAAAACCUCUUCAACAACGCAAGGUUAAGCCUCCAAAGAAGCAAGAAGAGAAGGAGAAGAGGGGAAAGGGAAAGCCUCAGGAGGAUGAGCUAAAGGAUGCCCUGGCAGAUGACGACAGCUCCUCCACCACCACAGAGACCUCCAACCCCGACACAGAGCCACUCCUGAAGGAGGACACAGAAAAGCAAAAGGGAAAACAAGCCAUGCCUGAAAAACAUGAAAACGAAAUGUCCCAAGUAAAACAAAAAAGCAAAAAACUUCUAAAUGUUAAGAAAGAAAUCCCAGCAGAUGUGAAGUCCAGUUCUCUAGAACCGUCAUAUACACCCUCACUGGAAGGUAAACCACAUAGAAAUCUCCCAACCAAGAUUCCUCUUCCAACUACAUUGACAAAUGGAUCCAAAUCACGAAAUUCCCAGAAAACAAAAGGUACAAGUAAGAUAGUGGAUAACAGGCCAACUGCCCUAGCAAAAUUCCUCCCGAACAGUCAAGAACUAGGCAACACCAGUAGUUCAGAGGGUGAAAAAGACUCUCCUCCACCAGAAUGGGAUGCUGUGCCAGUUCACAAGCCCGGCAGUUCUACCGACAGUCUUUAUAAACUUUCUCUGCAAACCCUCAACGCAGACAUUUUCUUAAAACAACGCCAGACCUCACCAGCACCUGCCUCUCCAUCACCACCUGCCGCCCCUUGCCCGUUCACAUCCCGAGGCAGUUACAGCAGCAUCGUCAACAGCUGCAGCAGUGACCCAAAGGCAAAGCCCAGCGGGAGCAAAAGCAAGUUAACAAAAGCAGCCUCUCUCCCCGGCAAGAAUGGCAACCCCACUUUUGCUGCAGUCACUGCAGGCUACGACAAGAGCCCGGGUGGGAAUGGCUUUGCUAAAAUUUCUUCAAGCAAAACAGAUUUUUCCAGCAGCCUUGGCAUUUCACACAUUCCUGUUGACAGUGAUGGCUCAGACAGCUCGGGUUUGUGGAGUCCCGUCAGCAACCCAAGCAGCCCUGACUUCACCCCCCUCAAUUCAUUCUCGGCCUUUGGAAAUUCUUUUAAUCUAACUGGUGAAGUUUUCAGCAAACUUGGGCUAUCCCGAUCCUGCAAUCAGUCCUCCCAGAGAAGCUGGAAUGAGUUUAACAGUGGCCCUUCAUACCUUUGGGAUUCUCCAGCAACAGAUCCCAGCCCUUCCUGGCCAGCCAGUUCCAGCUCACCAACCCACACAGCCACCUCGAUCCUUGGCAAUACCAGUGGCCUGUGGUCCACUACUCCAUUCAGCAGCUCAAUCUGGUCCAGCAACCUCAACAGUGCCCUUCCUUUCACCACGCCAACAAGUACGCUGUCCAGCAUUGGCCUCAUGGGCACAGAAAACUCCCCCAGUGCCCACACUCCCUCCACCUCUGGUCCAGCUGACGACUUGGGACAAACCUACAAUCCCUGGCGGAUAUGGAGCCCCACAAUCGGAAGAAGAAGCUCUGACCCUUGGUCUAAUUCGCACUUCCCUCAUGAGAAUUAAAAUUAGGCAAAAAAGAAAAGUGGAGGCCCCUCAUCUAGAUCAUGAUGUGCCAGUUUCCCAGACGUCUUUUGAAGGCUUUCACUGCCAUCACCCCCUCCCCACCCUCUUCGUCUUUGCAGAGCAGACUUAAGCAGGGCAGGCUUUCUCCGCUCGCUUCUUUCAGAUCUUUCAUGCAGUUAUGAUACUAUGAGAUUUGCUUCUGUGCUUAUAGAGAAAAGUCUGGACUCAGCCACAAACUCUGCUGAGAACUGUCAUCCAAAGACCUUAAUUGGUCCCGUCUCCCCACCUGUCUUCUUCCAUGCUUUCUUUAUCUGUAAGAACACAAAUUUGGCUUUACAGUUAAGGGAGUAAUUUGAGUUGAUUCAGAAGUCCUGGCAUGUGGCAAUUUUACUAAAUUACCAAGCUUGGUUUUUAAUAAUUUGACAACAUUAUGCGCCAAGAUCUAAUUUUAAAAAUGUAUGAGGACUUUGUGCUGAAAAUACAGAGUAUUUUUUUAAAAGUAAGGAUAUCUUGGUUUAAAAGCAGAUUACAGAAAUGUAAGCCAACUUAAGAACCCUGAAGAAUGUAAAAAACAUUCGAUUGAGACCAUAACGCAUUUUCUGUGCUGUUUGUACUUGAGGUAUGUAACAUUUGUAUACCUGAAUUUAUUUUAAAGAUAAACUGAAAUGCACAUAGCCAAGUCUUGACAUUACAAGAUUGUGUAUUUCUUAAAUAUACAACUUUGUGUUGUACUUUGAAAUAAAUGAUGCUUUUUUCAAAAGCCUUGAA